UCCAAAGAAUGCAGCUUUUUCCUAGUAUAACCUAAGCUGUAUCCUUCACGACUGUUUUUGACACUUUUGACAACUAUCGACAGCUCGAUUUAGUAAAUUCUAUGUCAAAAUUCCUGUGAACGCUUAAAAAUGGAUACAUACUCAAAUGGGGAGCCGACUGGUGAUAUCCGAUAUCAGUCGAAGAUAUCGGAGGCAGAAGCUGCUUAUGCCGUCACUCUGAAGAACAGUAUCAUGGAUAUGAAGAAGUACAUUGCUACGUUGAAGCAAAAAAUAAGUGAAGAGAGAAUGUUGUUAGAGAAAGAGAAAAAUGAGCUAUAUGGGAAGUACAAUAGACAGAUAUGCGAUUGCAAAGAGCAUUGGAAGAACGUCAAAUUCACGUAUCUAAAUGAGCAGGAAGGUGACAGCGGAGAUGAGACGGAUGAGGAUGCAGGUCCAUACGUCACGAAUAGUGGAGAUAGGCGUUAAAUCAGAUUCCACAGAAGAUCAAAGUGUGAAGUAAAGCGUCAAAAGUUAUUGUCGACUGAAAUAAAACCUAUUGUUAUUGUCAAUCAUUACGUCAGGUCUCAAUUACCAGUCUCUCUCAGAUAUUUUUGACUGUUACACAUUUUUUAAAGAGGUUACAUUUCCUUGAAAUUUGUCAUUGAGUGGUUCAGUCAACGUGCAAUACUUCCUUAACCAAAAUAGCUUUAGCAGUUUGCAAGAUUUAGGGCCAAUGAGCUUCAAGUUCCAAUCAACAAAGUUUAGCAAAACAAAAUACUGUCAAAGUAUGAGAUGACAGCUUGUCAUUGAAACAUCACCAGCUUAUUGAAUAUUAAGAAAUUACAUAUAAUUCAGUCAAAAUUUAAAGAAAUGUUGGAUUUUUGAAUAAAAUUCAUGUUUUAAUUGCU